UCGACUGAACAGGCGCUCCGGCUGCAGGAGCGGAGCGCGACACUCGCUGUGGGCAGAGAGCACCGGCAGAUCACUCUCACUCCUCCCGCCACGUCCGAGCAUCCGAACGUCCGAGCAUCCGAACAUCCGAGCAUCCGCCAUGGCCUCGAAGUGUCCCAAGUGCGACAAGACGGUGUAUUUCGCUGAAAAGGUGUCGUCGCUGGGCAAAGACUGGCACAAGAUGUGUCUCAAGUGCGACCGCUGCAACAAGCUCCUCAACGCCGGAGGCCACGCUGAGCACGAUGGACGACCCUACUGCCACAAACCGUGCUAUGCUGCUCUCUUUGGGCCAAAAGGUGUGAACAUCGGUGGAGCCGGCUCUUAUGUGUACGAGACUCCGGCCAACAACAACCCUACCGGUUUGGAUGCAGUCACCAAAGCCGAGGAGAAGCGAGUGUUCGCGCCCAAGGCCCCGUCGAAAGCUGGCGGCAUUACCACUUUUUCCGGAGAAGCCAACCUGUGUCCCCGCUGCCAGAAGAAGGUGUAUUUUGCUGAGAAGGUGACAUCACUGGGCAAGGACUGGCAUCGACCCUGUCUGCGCUGUGAGAGGUGCAGCAAGACUCUGACUGCUGGCAGCCACGCAGAGCAUGACGGCCAGCCCUACUGCCACAAACCCUGCUACGCCGUCCUCUUCGGGCCCAAAGGCGUGAACACCGGCGGUGUGGGCAGCUACAUCUACGACAAGGAGCCCAGCGCCGUGACCCAGCCUUGAACCUAUUGUUCCCCCCUUCUCAGCCUGCAUCCCCUCUUCUCUACACAACACCGACCGUCGACCGCAGUAUUAUUUGUGGCCUCUUCUUCUGUCCCGCCCGACCUGUGCCGUUCCGACGACCAGCCUUCUGCUCCAGAUCCACCCCCCCCCCCCCCCCCCCCCCCCCCUUCUCCCCCUCUCUCUGCUCCCAGCGUUCCCCGGAUCAGAUGAUUCAUUGAUUACAAAUGUUGGCCAUAGACGUGCGAAAUAUAUAUAGAUAUUGUGUUUGCUCCAGGAGACCCCCCAGCGCGCGUCCACAUCCGGCAUUCCCACGGUCGACUCACUUCUUAGAAGGAAAACGUCAAACCCCAUUCGCCAUGUUUACACUUUCAAACACUUUAAAUGUCGCUGCUGUCAAACGUUGAAGUCUUACGUGCGGAUGUUUGUGGCUCGAUUUAUGUAAAAAAAAAAAAAAUAAUAAUAAUAAUCCGAUGGAUAGUGAAUCUCAGGUGUGGAAAGGUGCAUCGUGCCGACACGCAGGGGAGUCGCACUCCUCCUGAACACCACCUGUACUCAGGAGCACAUUGCCAAAAGAACAAAAAAAAACGUUUGGCUGCCGGACAACAUUCCUUAUAACGGUGGGGAGGUGGAUCUCUGGUAGACUGUUACAUCCACGAGGCUGUAUUGAGACUGUGUACCUGCUAUUAAUAACCAGUUUUAUGGCUGAAUCUCCAUGAUUGAAAACUGUUAACGCUAAUAAAUAACACCAAUGUUUUGUCCCCGUUGUUUUAUAUAAUCCUAUUAUUUUUGAAAAGCGAGGCAGAAUGUCGGGGGGGGGGGGGGGGGGGGGGGGGUUUGGGCUUCGCUUUUGCCAGAGGAGUAUUUAUUAUUAAUUCUUGUCCUUUAAAAUUUUCCUUAGCCACUGUACUACUACUACUACUACUACUACCACUCCUUUACGGGACUGAUGAUGAGGAAGGAGGUAAAAAAAAAAAAAUGAGGUGGCGUGAGCUGUGCAAUUCUCUACGAACAAGAUUUGUGUUUGUCAUUUUUCCGAUGAAUAACCCUGCUGUUGCUUUCCAAGAGACGACGCGCUACUGGGAGUGUUGUACUUGUUUUGGGGGGAGGGGGAACCAGAAACAGCAGCUCAGCUUGUACUAACAGAGGCGGAGACACUGCGGACAAGUCAUUCUGUAAGAAUGUGCAUAUUUCUAGUGUUACUGUACGACUGUCACCUGUGCUUGUUCCGCGACGCGGCCUGCGGGACGCUGCGCUCCGGCCCCGCGGCGUUCGUCCCUUUUUCAAUCCCUUCGAAUAAAUGUUUCAGAAACUCGA